UGCCAUUGCAUUUCUAGCGGCGUGCGUGUUAGGUGGUUCUAACUUCCACCCUACCUGUCCAUCCCGUAGCUCCAGUUGCUCAGAUCCGGAGGGCCCCGGCGUCACAGGCUCUGCGACAUGUCCAUGUUGGCUGAGCGUCGACGGAAGCAGAAGUGGGCUGUGGAUCCAAGAAACACCACAUGGAGUAAUGAUGAUUCCAAGUUUGGCCAGAGAAUGCUGGAGAAGAUGGGGUGGUCUAAAGGAAAGGGUUUAGGGGCUCAAGAGCAAGGAGCCACAGAUCAUAUUAAAGUUCAAGUUAAAAACAACCACUUGGGACUUGGAGCCACGAUCAAUAAUGAAGACAACUGGAUUGCUCAUCAGGAUGAUUUUAACCAGCUGCUGGCUGAACUGAACACCUGCCAUGGACCGGAAACAGCAGAUUCUACCUCAGACAACAAGGAAAAGAAAUCUUUCAGCCUUGAAGAAAAGUCCAAAACCUCCAAAAACCGUGUUCAUUAUAAGAAAUUCACAAAAGGGAAGGACUUAUCAUCUCGGAGCAAAACAGAUCUUGACUGCAUUUUUGGGAAAAGACAGAGCAAGAAGACUCCUGAGGAUGAUUCCAGCCCCGCUACUGCAGAUGGGAUUGACACCUCCACCACGACCACCAGUGCCUUCACCAUCCAGGAGUACUUUGCCAAGCGGAUGGCAGAGCUGAAGAACAAGCCACAGGCCAUGGCUUCAGGGCCUGACCCUCCAGAGACCCAGAUGGAAAGGAAAGGGGGGAGGAAAAGAAAGAAAGAAGCAAGAGAUACAAACGUGGAGACUUACACGCAACCCAAGAUCAAGAAAAAGCGAGACCAAGUUGAACAGCAGCUCGAGGACCCUCAGUGGGCCGAGAACUCUGACGUUUCUGCUGAGGGUGGGGAGAAUUGUGUGCGCCCGCUGGAUGGCCAGGACUUACCACCAAAGCCCAAAAAGAGAGAAAAGAAAAACCUACAAAAGCGAGUUGAGGCAGCAGUGGAUGCUACACUAGAUGAAACACCAGUGAAAAAGAAGAAGAAAAAGAAGAAAGGUUCCAAAUAAAGCCUCUCGAGCCAGGGCCUCCCAGCCACUCAGGUGUCGGCGCUGCCAGGCACACACUUGGCCCGCAGUCAGAGCAGAGUUCACCCGCAGAGCCUGUGCACACCUUCAACAUGCCCUCGGACUGCUGGGUCUCGCCCUCGCACCGCGCGUUCCCAAACCGUAUUCCCAGAAGAGCUUCUCUAUGUUCCAAAUCAUGGCUCUCACAAACAGAUUUCUUUGUAGAUUCCCACUCCCUCGCCACGAGUGUUCAUUCAUAUCCGUGUGCACACGCCAAGUGACGUGUGCGUGCGCUGGUGUGUGUGGGUAUAUCACAGUCUACAUUUGCGUUUGGUUUCCUUCCAUAACAGUGAAGUACACUUCCUUCUGAAGAACUUAGUCUAAUUAAAGGAUUAAGGGUAAUAGUUUAGAUUCAGAUAGUUCUUUUUGUUCUAUAGCCAACCAUACAUUUUUGCCAAGUAGGUAUUAUAUGAUUACGUUUCCAAAUCAGAGAGUUGGUUUGGUUUGGUUUAGUUUGGUGUCGUUUUGAUGGGGAAAUUGUUUUGAUGCCCUCUCUUCCACUAAGCAGUGGCAGCCACAUGAUCUGAGGCCUUCUCCCCAAGACUGCGACGUGUACGUGAACUGACUCCGGACAGUCGAACCUUCCAGCUCUCAGGGAGAGUGGGCUGUCAGUUUGGUGGUGCUGGAGCACAGAUCCGCUGUAGUGGGCUCUGCCUUUUUUAUAACAAUCACAAGGUCCUCGGAAGGUUAGGAAAAUUGGGAGUCUAGGGUCAGGAAAUUAAUUGUAUUUGGAAAUGAGUCACUCUCUAGAUUGGAACUCAUGAAAGUUCUUUAAAAUGUUAACAGUACAUAAACGUAAAAGAUGCGGUUCAGCCCUGCUCUAACCAAAGGCUGUCUCCUCACUGGGUUCAUGCUGCGUUCGGCCACACCCUGGCGUCUCCCUGUGUGCUGUUUGCCCGGAUCCCCUCACACCCUCUUUGGGACACAGAACGAGAAAGAAAAUGUGUGCUUACAACUUAGAGGUCCAGCCCUAUUGUUCUCUCUGCCCGUUUCUCCUCUCUUCCUUUCUUUGUUCUCUUUAUCUCUUCCUUCUUUUCUUCUCCAUCUUUUUGUCCAUUUAUUCCCUCAUCCUUGCCCCCCACCCUUAUUUUUCAAUUCCAGUGGUCUUCUAACCCCUCUCUAGCUGCCCGCUCCCCAUCCUGCCCUGCAGUCUUGAAGGCUGGCCUGCCUCUGCGGGACGUGCCGCAGUAGCUGCGGGGGCGUGGCAGGCGGGUGCUCUUUUCCACUGGUUUAUAGAUCGCACUGGAUAACACACACACAAUCUGAUGACCUUUUGCCCUGGUUUUAACUGGGCGGGGUGGGGAGAAUCAGACAAUAGAUAUGAAGCGUGGCCCCAAAGCCUCUUAGAAUUGAGAAAUAUAUUAAGAAUGUUUGAUUUUAGUCUCUUAAGAGUUCUAAAGGUGUGAAUUGUUUUAAAAAUCACACAUACAACCCAUAGAGAAAAUUCUUACAAAUUCAGAGCCAGAGGCCUAGUACCUGAGUUUUAUCAAGGCCCCCAGAAUUUGGAAUCUGAGGCUAAGGUCCAGUCUAAUAGAGCACCAAAGAUUUUAAAAGUCACAUGCCCGAGUCACUUCUGCUUGUUCUGUCUUGUAUAUGAAGUGAGUUCCAGAAGGCAGUGGGAUUGUGUGAAACCUCUCCCUCUCUCCCCACCCUCUCUCCCUCCAUGUGUAUGUGUGUGUGUGUAUGUGUGUGUGUGUGUGUUGUAGAUAUAUAUAGGGGUUUGUUUGGGCUUUUUUUGCCUUUUAUUAACUUCAACUUUUUUUUUUUUACCAAAGUGAGAGCCAGGAGAAUAUACCGAGUUGUGUGCAGGAGAAGGAAGCAAGUGAGUGUUUAGGAAGCAGGCAAGAGGUAUAGGUCAGGUGAGGCAAGGGGCCAGCUAGGAGGACCAGUGUAGGGAGGUGCUGGAGGGAAGUUCUUGAAGUUGGGGAUUCCAAGGCACCAGGGAAGCACUGCAAGAUUAUUUAGGUGCAGCUAAAUAGAACCUGUAGUCUGUGAUUUUUAUUAUUUUAAUGGGCCGCAGAAAGAAUUCCUGAUAUUAGGAAGAUGAGGGUAGCUUGAGAAAAAAGUACGUGCCCAGCAAAGAGCAGACAGUGUGACCAUUUGCUUUGAAGGACAUGGCAGCUUAAUCUUCACUAGAAAUCUGCUGCUUUUGUUUUCCCAGGUGUCUCUUCUGUAGGCCACUGAGUUUUUUGGAUUUAAGUGGGAGU